CUGAACUCAUCGCUCAAUGAGAUACGACUUCUCCAUCUAUCACCAGGGGGAGAUGAAGAUGAGUUCUAUUGUUCCUUAAGCAUCGUCUCGUUAGACGACAGGCCUCAAUAUGAGGCGUUAUCCUACGUGUGGGGUGAAGACUCCGAUGAUACGUUGCCUAUAUCGCUCGGAGGAAAAACGGUACAAAUCAGGCGCAACCUCCACUUAGCUCUUAGAGGUAUACGAGACCCUGAUUGCGAACGCAUACUGUGGAUAGAUGCUCUGUGUAUCAACCAAGGGGAUGUUGAAGAAAGAUAUACUCAAGUCGCGAUUAUGGGUGACAUCUAUUCCAAAGCUUAUUGCGUUCUCGCGUACAUCGGC